AUGGUGCGCCAGUUUGUCAUUCCGCGAGUGAAGCUGCUGAAGAUACGCAACCCGUGGGGAAGCGGUGGCGAGUGGACCGGCGCAUGGGGCAAGAACAGCACCGGGUGGCAGAAGCACUCCUUGGUGCGCCGGUCGUGCAAGCCGAGCAAGGUGAGCGAUGGCACUUUCUGGAUGGAGUGGAGGGACGCGGUGCAGUUCUUUGAGGGUGGCGGGGUCUGCAUGGUGAAGAAGGCCUGGUACCAGUAUCGCUUCCCGGGCCAGUUCAUUGGCAUAAUCCCGUCCGUCGUGCUAAAGAUCGAACUCAGGAAGAAGCAGAAACUACUCUUCACCCUGUCACAGAAGGACCGCCGCCUGCAGAACCCCGACGACCCGGAUCAGCUGUACAAGGGGCUGCUUAUCUCCGUCACGGGGCACAACGCGCAGAAGGGCACGCAGCAGAUUGUGGCCCUCAGCACCGAUAACCCCGAGGUGCAUCCACCAGAGAAGUACGAGUACAUUGUUGCCCGCGACGUUGGCCUCGAGCUCGAGCUCGACCCCACAAAAGGCCCCUUCUACGUCAUUCCGCGCAUCAUGACGACGAACCAAAACGGCCCGAAGGACUUCACACUGGGCAUGCUGGCACCCAACAAGUCAACCGCAAGAGGACUGCGGGUGUCUUUUGUACACCUGCCCGACACGUGCCCGACGCUCCGCAACGUGGUGUCAUUCCCAAUGAACGGGGAGGCGGCGACACAUGUGCGAUUUCAGUACAAGAAGCGCGGCGGUGCGCCCCGCGUAAAGGCGGGCAUCACCGUCUUUGACGCCACCCACGUGACGGAGACGUACCUCCACCCCCAAUAA